CAUGUUUCAUCCUGAAUCUGAUGCUGCAGGGGACACUAACUUUUAUUUGUGUCUGAGUGGUGAGAGACAGGACAGGGACAGCAGCAGCUGAGCCUGAACAGCAGCUGAGCCUGAACAGCAGCUGAGCCUCAGCAGCCCAUGAAACGUGCCUCUCCGGACGCACGCCGGUGUCCAGACUCGUCACACAGGCGGCGAUGUGGAGGUCAGUCCGUCAUCAGCGCCGAGCAGCUUCCCCCCCGGUCAGUUUCCUCCGUCCUGUGUCCUCUUGUCCUCCAGAAACAACUGAUUUCGCAUUGCACUCACUCCGCCGGCGCACCCCGCAAGUCACGUCUCGCUGUGCGGUUCCGUUGUCCUCCGUGCGGGCUGGCGGGUGUCCCGGCGCAUCGUAGUCCGACCAGCGGACAAGUGACGCUGUGAGGUGCACUGUUGCUCCCGUGUCGCCUCACGUCUCUGCAGCAAACCGGGCUGGAAAUGGUCCCAUGCUCAACUACCCGGCGGCGCACAGAGAUAAGAGCUCCGAACACAACGUCCUCUGCGGGAGCUCAGCACUGCGCACUACUUUGUGAUAUAUCACUGAAUCCACAGAGGGAGUAUUCAGACGAGACCGUGCAGGGCGGUGCGGUGCGGUGCGGUGCGGGAGGGACAUCCAGCCACGGUUUCCCCUGCGGACUGUCUGCUGAUGAUGACUGGAAGUUUUCUCACGUAUGCCUCAUCUCAUAAGUCAGGUUAGACUCUCAGUCCACAGAGGGUCACAGCCACAAACACAUCAGCCACCUUCCUCUUCCUCCUCCUCCUCCUGCUGGCUGGCAAGAGACGUCCGUCUGCCUGCGCUCAUCUGAACGACAGCGAGAACAGACAGCAAACUUACGCUGUAGUGAUACUGCCUGUGUGAGUGUGUAUGUGUGAAUGUGUGUGUGUGUCAGCGCUUCAGUGUUCCCUCAAGCCUCCACUGUCUGUGUGUGUCUGCAAUGAUGUGUGGUUGUGUCAAAGAAGAGUCAGCAGAAGAGAGCCAGCUGCUGUGUGUGACAGCACGUGAGACUUAGUGUUAGUGUGUGUGUGUGUGUGUGUGUGUGUGUGUGUGUGAGACAGAGCAGGGUGUUAGUGUUGACCAGGCUAUGAGUGUGUCUCAGAGGGAGAGGCCGGUCGAUGUUUAGAGGAGCUGAGGGGGAGCAGCAGAGGAGAGUCAGUACGAGGAGCAGCCAUGGGGCUCGGACAGUCCAGCAAGGCUCCGGUCACGGACGACACAGACGAGGUAAAUUUCGACCACUUCCAGAUCCUGAGAGCAAUAGGAAAAGGAAGCUUUGGAAAAGUCUGCAUUGUACAGAAGAAGGACACCAAGAAGAUGUACGCCAUGAAGUACAUGAACAAGCUCAAAUGUGUGGAGCGGAAUGAAGUGCGGAACGUCUUGAAGGAGCUGCAGAUCAUGCAAAACCUUGAACAUCCUUUCUUGGUCAACUUCUGGUAUUCCUUCCAGGAUGAGGAGGACAUGUUCAUGGUGGUGGACUUACUGUUGGGAGGAGACCUACGCUAUCACCUCCAGCAGAACGUCCACUUCUUGGAGAACACUGUCAAACUGUAUGUCUGUGAACUGGCCCUGGCCCUGGGAUACCUACGCAGCAAGCGCAUCAUACACAGAGACAUCAAACCAGACAACAUACUACUGGAUGAGCAUGGUCACGUUCAUCUGACAGACUUCAACAUUGCAGCAAUCGUAAAGGACGACCUGAAAGCAACGUCCAUCGCUGGGACUAAACCGUACAUGGCUCCAGAGCUUUUUCAGAGCUUUGAGGGCUCCCACCCCGGAUAUUCCUUCUCUGUCGACUGGUGGUCACUGGGCAUCACAGCCUACGAGCUCCUUAGAGGACAGAGGCCUUACGUGAUGAGAUCCAGUACACCAGCUAAUGAGAUCCUCCAGACCUUCCACAAGGUCCAUCCCAGCUACCCAGCAGCCUGGUCUUUGGAGAUGAAGUCCCUUCUCAGAAAGUUGCUGUGCAUUGAUGUCCAGAAGCGCAUUUCCUGUCUAGCCGAGCUGCAAGAUCUGGACUACAUGUCAGAUGUCAACUGGGACGCUGUGCUCAGCAAGCAGCUUCCUCCCGGGUUUAUUCCCAAUAAGAGGAGACUUAACUGUGACCCCACAUUUGAGCUGGAGGAAAUGAUCCUGGAGUCCAAACCGCUUCACAAGAAGAAGAAAAGGCUUGCGAGAAAAACCAGGGACCAGGGUUCUGACGGGUCCCCACAGAACGGUCAGCUGCAGCAGCGACUGGAUAACGUCCAGAGAGACUUCAUCGUCUUCAACAGAGAAAAGUCAAAGAAAGCAGUGGAUUCAGAGUCCUCUGAGCUGUCCACGAGCGAGAAGAACAAGGCAAUAGAGGAUGGACAGAAUAACAACGUUCAACCGGCUGCCUACUUAUCAGGAUAGGACUCACGACCUGAGAUCCAUACUUAUCACUUCACCUGCCCACAGCUUGUAGAUCGGCUAUUCACACCCAGACACCUUUCGUUCUGUCCCCAGAGCUGGUCUUCACUGUUCCUGCACCACUACAGCGUCUGUACAAACACUAAUGCAGCAAUAUGCACUAUUUCAUUUUCACCCACAAAAAAACUCAUUAUCCAAGCGCUCUAGAACUGCAGCAGGGGAACAGACUCCAGGAACAGCAGCCAUGACUCAGCCAGCCUAUUCACUUUAAUGUCACCAAGAAGAAUGACUCUGAGCAGAGUGUCAGUCAUAUCAUGCCCCCCUGCAUCACCCCGGUGCUCUACGGUCUGCCUGACCUGUCUUCAACCUCUCCUCUGGGUGCUGUGCUGAACUGAGGAGGAGUCUACUCCCCUCCCAGAACGGAGACAAUGCCACCGUCGCUCAGCUGGCACAGGAAGUCUGAUGUGGCUGAAAGCUGUAUGUGCUGCUGCUGUCUGAAGCGGGACAUUCAGAUUUCUGAUCUCAACUUGGCAUUUUCCAAUUAAUUGCAGUUCUUUGAACAUAAAAAGGAAAUGGACUCACAAGAAUUUAUAUUAAAGGAGCCGGGUGGAUGCUGUGUGCGUGACUUGAGAAUCGAGCAUGACUCUUAAGAGUACAAAACAUUACAAUGGAGAGGUUAAUAAGGUAAAACGAGGCCUUUGUUUAUAAGACAGCAACCACAGAUUCCUCUUAGAAGAAGAAACUAAAGAGCUGAACUGUAGGCUUCAGCGUGAAUGGCUCACUUUCUAAUAGCAGCAGACACAUGGCUGUAGUGGUCAUUAUGCUAGGCUUUGCUAAUGAAGCUGACACAGAUGGUAGGUUUGCAAUAUUUGGUAAAAGCUGCGGGUCCAUCAGCUGCAGAUGAUGGCAAACCAUGCUGCAAGUUGUCUGCACUUGUGUAUGCUUUAGGUGAGUCAAUAAAGAAAUCAGAUGUAGCUGCUGUAGCUUGUAGCUUCAGGCACACAAAAUUUUGAGAACUGACCUCAAUCUGCAAAUGACCAGCUGGGUCUUGAUAUUUAUGGUUUAUAGCUAUGAAACGUAGCUAAGGUAGCUGAUAGAUGUUGUAUGUUCUGCACUGAACCUUGCUUUGCACAUGCUUCUUCAUCAAACUGUAGCAUUUAUGCACAGAGAGGCAAAAAAAAGGAAAAAAAAAUAAAGCUGUGAGUGAAUGCUUAUUCCCUUAGGGAUGGUUUCAUAGACGAGGAUUAAGCUGAGCCCUAGAUAAGAUUCAUUGUCAGUUACUGUCUGCACUGAAAUUCCUUUCAGUCAUAUUUUUAAUGUCCUUCCACUGUUUAUAUUGUCUACAACCAGUUACACAUGUGCCACUGGAUAACUCUGCUAAUUAGUUUUUGCAAUCAAUUGCUCCCUCAGAAGAAAACACUGCGAUGACAUUCUCAGCAGAUUGUAUUCAACAGGAAUUUGGCACCAGCUGGAUAAAACAGUGGAAUAAAAAACAACUGGUAUUGAUUGAUCCCAUUUUUUCCACAUUUAGCGUUGUGAACAACAAUGAAGGAACCAAUAAACACCCGGCAAGGCAAUAUCCCUCAUCUUACUGCAGACUUAAAAUCAUGUCCAAGAAACCACACCUGCCUGCAGAGGGAUGCCUUACACCAGAGAUGUGGCACACAGCUGCUUUAACUAAAGGUGCAAUGUGUAAGAUUUGGUCAGAAUUUCAGAUUAAAGCAAAAAAAUACACACAAAAAAACAGAUUGUGAGGAAAGACCAGUUCAUCUGCUUCCCUCCGUCCCUCCACUGUCUACAUGGACUGUCACCAUCAUUACAUGAAACAACAACAAGCUCCAAGGUAGCAGCCUACAGGUGAAAGUGGCAAACAUUAACCUGUGUGCUCUGCAUGAACAUAAAAGUCUCAGCUGUGACCUCCUGUGUCUGGAUUAAACGCUGCUCACACUGAGAGAGCCAAAUUAGUUUUUCUGCAGCCAGAACUUUCUCCUGCGCUGAAACAGUGCUGUGGAGUAAGUAAGUCUAUGCAAGGCUUGUUGCAGAGAUGUCUACUGAAGUCAUCAUGCUAACAGCCGGCCAGCUCUGGCCUGUCUUAUCUUAUAGUACCAGUUGUAGCCUGUGCAGUUUCAGUCGGGAGAUCAGCUGAGAGCUCUUUUAGAUGUUGUGGUCUAAUAAACCCAAUGAACUCACAAACUGGCAAUAAAGUCAAUAUUGUUACACGUAAAGAAUACAGCAGUAAACCACCUGAAUUCAAGUCUCUCUCUUUAACAGACCAGGACACGCUAAUGUGCCCCAUUAACUCAUAAGCCACCCUUCAUUGAAAAAAAGCCUAACUUGCCAGUGCCAUCUUGGUUUGUCUUCCAUAAUCACCUCUAGU